CGAUGUCCUGUGGUGCCUGCGGACUGAGCGCUUAGUAGAGCCGUCUGCGCGCUGCAUGCCGGGAAAUGUAGUCCUUUUCUACUGAUCUUGCUGGAGAGGCCACAUCACACAACGACUGGAUUCACCGACGCUCCUGUGCCCGGUGUUAGAAACAUGGAGUAGCCGGUGAUAGAUACUCAUUUGUGGCAUCGGCGACAAUGGAGGCACCUUGGCGAUUUGGUGGCAGAGGACGUGCAAGAGGUCGUGGUAAUUCUGUCAAUGGUGUACCAUCUCCUGCUCCAGGACCUGCACCAGGACUGGGCAGAAGUACUGCCUUUUCAAGAGGCGAUGGAAAUGCUGGUCCCUGGCCCGGUGCUGGGAGAGGGAAUGUAUCCUAUGCAUCUGUCAGCAAGCCUGUUAAUCCAGUGAACCGGAAGAGUGAACCUAAUGUGGAGACCUCUAAAAAAAAGUUUGAAGAGAUCCAGAAAGCUAACCAGGCAGUGAUAAAGAAACUUGUGGAUGACGAUGGCAGCUCCUCGGAAGAAGACGAUGAUGGGGAUGAAGGGAAACAGAGAGAAAUAUUAGCUCUAACCUUUACCACUUACACUGAUCAAACAGAUGGUGAUGCCAGUGAAUUGAUGCGCACCAAACAGUAUGUGAAUGAGGCCUUUCAGUCUGGGGCUGUGACUUGUUUGAUAUGCAUUGCUUCAGUGAAGAGAAACCAAGCUGUCUGGAGCUGCUGUGCCUGUUACUGCAUAUUUCACAUGCCUUGCAUCCAGAAGUGGGCCAAGGACAGCGUAUUCCUCUUGUCUUCUCCGCUCACAGAUGAUGACUUUGAAAAGAAAGAUUAUCCUUGGCCCUGCCCAAAGUGUCGAUAUGAAUAUAAGCGAUCAGAGACUCCCGCUAGGUAUUACUGUUAUUGUGGAAAAGUGCAAGAUCCACCUCUGGACCCGUGGCUUGUACCCCAUUCUUGUGGACAAGUUUGUGAAAGAGAAUUUAAGCCCUCUUGUGGUCACAGAUGUUUGCUGCUGUGCCAUCCAGGCCCAUGCCCACCAUGUCCAAAGAUGGUGACCACCACUUGUUUCUGUAAGAAGGCAAAAUCUGUUCCCCGCCGAUGCAGCACCAAAGACUGGUCAUGCCAGCAGCAGUGCGGGAGAAUGCUGUUGUGUGGACAACACAAGUGUACAAACCCGUGUCAUAAAGGAGACUGCCAGCCAUGCCCAAGAGUCAGCAAACAGAAAUGCCUUUGUGGACGGAAAGUUGCAGAGCGGCUGUGUGCAAGUCCGACCUGGCAGUGCGAACUUGUCUGUGGAAAACCAUUACCUUGUAGUAACCACACCUGUGAGCAGGUGUGCCAUUCCGGCCUGUGCGGACAGUGUCCUCGUUCAGGAAAUCGUUUGUGCCCGUGUGGAAAAUCAAAGUACAGCCUGCCCUGUACAGAAGAUGUCCCUACCUGUGGUGAUAGCUGUGACAAGGCUCUGGAGUGUGGUAUACACGCGUGUUCGCAGCGCUGCCACAGAGGUCCCUGUGAGACAUGCAGACAGGAGGUUGAAAAGCAGUGUCGCUGUGGCAAACACACAAGACAAAUGCCUUGUCAUAAGCCUUAUCUAUGUGAAACCAAAUGCCCUAAAACUCGUGAUUGCCAGAGGCAUCAGUGCAAGAGAAAGUGCUGUACGGGAAACUGCCCAGCCUGUGACCAGCAAUGUGGACGUACCUUGGGAUGUCGGAAUCACAAGUGCCCAUCGGUCUGCCACCGAGGGAGCUGCUACCCAUGUCCUGAGACUGUUGAUGUGAAGUGUAAUUGUGGUAAGACUGUACUGACUGUUCCCUGCGGCAGAGAACGUAGCACCAAGCCGCCCCGGUGCAAGGAGGUGUGCAGCCACCCAUCUACUUGCCACCAUGAGGUCAGAGAACGGCACAGAUGCCACUUUGGUCCAUGUCCUCCAUGUCGGCAGAUUUGUCAGAAUUCUUUGAAGAAGUGUGGUCACCUCUGCCCUAUGGCCUGCCAUGACGAGGCUCUUGUUAAACAGAAAGGCCUGCCUCAACCAGCCGGCCCAUGGGAGAAGCCUAGUGAGCCAGCUUUUAUCCAGACUGCAUUGCCCUGUCCGCCAUGUAAAGUCCCCAUACCAACGGAAUGUCUUGGCAAACAUGAGGUGAGUCCCUUGCCAUGUCAUGCUGCUGGCCCUUUUUCAUGUAAAAGGCCAUGUGGACGCUUGCUUGCUUGUGGCAACCAUACUUGCUCAAGAGAAUGUCAUAAAGUCACAGAUGAAAAUAAUGAUCGAGAAAAGUGUGGCCCAGAGUGUUUUGUCUGUGAAGAAGAAUGUUCAAAACCCAGACCAUCUGGUUGUCCUCAUCAUUGUAGUCUGCCAUGCCAUCCGAGGGAUUGCCCUCCAUGUGUCCAAAUGAUCAGGACCAAGUGCCACUGCAAGAUCAGCAGCCUUUACAUCGAGUGCAUAAAAAUGACUUUGGCCGAUGAGAGAGAAAAGAAUCUCUGGACUUCGUGCAAAAAUCAGUGUCCAAAAGAGCUGCCUUGUGGACACCGAUGCAAAGAGAUUUGCCAUCAGGGAAAUUGCUCUCUUCAUUGUGUCCAGAAAGUUAAACUUCGAUGUCCAUGCCGUAGAAUUAAAAAGGAGUUACCGUGUAACACAGCACGUGAUGGCCGUGUGUCUGUAGAGUGUGACCCGCUGUGCCUGGAGAUGAGGAAGAAAGCUGUAGAGAUGAAGGCAGAAGAAGAAAAGGCAGUGAAUGAAGAAGAGAAACGCAGACAGCAGGCUGAAUUGGAAGCGUUUGAAAAUCGACUAAAGGGAAAAAGACGAAAGAACAGGAAGAAGGAUGAAGUGGAGGUUCAGCAAUCUGUAUGGCAGAAAUAUAGAAAUUAUAUAUUAAUGCCAGUGUGUGGCGUCGCCCUUGCUAUAUUUACACUGUAUCUCACGCAAGUUAAUAUAUGAGUAAAUAAUACAAGGCACAUGUCAUGUUGAUGUGGAAUGGUGGAUUUUCCGUUUCAUCAGUUCACAUGUCCUAAUGAGAAUGUCAUUGCUUAUUACCAUAUGUACUGUACCAUAUUCAUUUUCAACUGUGUACAUAUACAAAAGUGAAGAUCAAUUGAAAUACCACCUUUGUGUAUCUUUAUGCAGACUGUGCUGCUGGUUUCUUUUCUACUUUUAUACCCUCCUGUGCAUGUCUCAGCCAAUAAAGAUUAUGUCCAAAUAUUAUAUAAACAUUUACCAGCCCUCCUUCCCAGUGCCCGACCCCUGUUACAAUAAGACAUCUAUUUUAUUAUAAACCAAACCAUGGAUCUAGCACUGUCUGUAAGGAAAAGCAGAGAGACCUUUUUGUUCCAUUCAAAAGAUAAUAUGCAGGUCGAGUCUCCCAUAUUCGAAAAUCGGAAAUCCAAAAUAUUCAGAAAUCCAAAUAUUUAAGAGCGAGACUGAGAUAGUGACUCCUUUAGUUUUAUGAUGGUUCACUGUACGCAAACUUUGUUUCAUGAACAACAUUAUUAAAAUGAUUGUAUAAAAUUACCAUCAGGCUAUGUGUAAAAGGAGCAUAUUCUGUAUAAUAAAAGACUAACGCUGCUCCUCACCUCUAUGGGGGAAAUUCAAGCAUUGAUCCGUUCGGACCGCACAGCCACCGGUGCUGACAUUACUGUUCUGUUCCGUUAUGAUGGGCUGGUAACUAGUUAAACAUAAAUGCAUAUCCCCAAGAGAUCUCUUUAUGGUAUGCAAAUAUUCCUAAUACAGAAAAAUACGUUAUCCAAUUUACUUCUGGUCCCAAGCAUUUCGGAUAUAGGACACUCAACCUGUAUAAUUUUUAUCUGCAUCGGGGAAUGCUUUUAUGGUAUUCUAUUGUUGACAUCGCUGCCUUCAUUAAGAUAAAAUGCCACUGUUACAUGAAGAUUAGGGGGUGUAUUCAAUAAGUGUUGGAAGCUGCCGUCUUGUCGAAAGACGGCAGCUUCCGACAGACUUAGGUUGGAAGAGGUUCUGAUCUAUUCAUUAGGGCCACGUUUUUUCCGACAAGUCGGGAAAUCUGACUUAUCGGAAUACAUGCGGAUCGGCGGCUUCAGCCGCCGAGCCGCAUGUAUUGUCGGAAGCACAGCCAAACCCGACAUGUUUUAGCCCCAUUUCCGACAAUGCAAUCCGAAAAAAGUCGGAUUGGCAGUGUCGGGAGCGGGUAAAACCUGUCUGGUUUUGCCGCGGCACUGAAUACUGACAUGUUGGAUCCGACCAGUAUUAAAUAUACCCCUAGUUGAUGAAGAAAGCAAAGGUACUUUGGUAGAAAUACACAUAUAUAAGAAUUCUUAUGCAUUUUUAUGUAUAGUUACGUAUUUUAUAUUUCCCAUUGUGCAAUAAAAAAAAAAAUUUAAAAUGUUUUUGGAGCAGAGAUACAUACAAUUAGAUUUGUUAAGAAUAGCUUGGAGCAUGAUUUUCGGCUCCGGGCUGCAUGGUGAAAUGUCCCUAGCAGGUCAUUUAAUUCAUUAACUUUAUUGGUUGAACCGACCAUUGUGCAAAUCACAUGUCCAUAAAUUGUGGUCUGUUGGGAACGGCUACCUAGCGUCCCAGUUCUCUUUGUUUAUUGGUUCAUUAUAUUGGAAACUACAGUAUAUCAUUUGUAUAUAUCUAUUGUGUCACAGAAGCGACAUAAAACCAAUACAGUCAAUAGUGAAUUUAAUAAGAUUGUAAUGAACACUUUAAGGAUAUGUCCACAGGUAAAGAAAAAAAUUUAUAUUUUAAUUUGUAUUAAAAAAAAAAAAAAGUAUCCAUGAUGAACAUAACCUUCUUCUUUAAUAAAUAUUAUAGUAGAUUUUUAUUUUAUAGUUUUUAGUAGAUUAAUACUUUUAGUUGUCAUUUAUGGGGCAGUGAGCAUUGUAAGAAAAAAUUGAUAAAUACAUAUGACUGAAGUAAUGUAGUUGUAACCAUUAAUGUUGUUAUAUGAAAUUCUGGAAUUUUGAAUAUAUUCUGCAGCUGUCUAUAACAAAAUAAAACAUUCUUGUGAUAAAAUAAACUACGAAAUGUA